UCCCGCUCUGGCUAUAAAAUACGGGGUUACAAGCGCCGGAGUAAAUCUUCGAUUAAGUACGAUCGAGUGCGUUUAAUCCACGAUGGCAAGAACGAAGCAGACGGCGCGUAAAUCCACCGGCGGCAAAGCCCCCAGGAAGCAGCUGGCGACCAAGGCCGCCCGGAAAAGCGCCCCGGCCACCGGCGGCGUGAAGAAGCCUCACCGCUAUAGACCCGGCACCGUGGCUCUCCGAGAAAUCCGCCGCUACCAGAAGUCCACCGAGCUGCUGAUCCGUAAACUGCCCUUCCAGCGGCUGGUGAGGGAGAUAGCCCAGGACUUUAAAACCGACCUGCGCUUCCAGAGCUCCGCUGUCAUGGCUCUUCAGGAGGCCAGCGAGGCGUACUUGGUCGGUCUGUUCGAGGACACCAACCUGUGCGCCAUCCACGCCAAGAGGGUCACCAUCAUGCCCAAGGACAUCCAGCUGGCCCGCCGCAUCCGCGGAGAGCGCGCUUAAGUGCGUUGGCCAGACUACCCACAACGGCUCUUUUAAGAGCCACAAACGUGCCAGUGAAGAGGUUUUCCCUCCAC